GCUCAUUGGUUCAGUCAUUGAGUGAGUUGCACAUCGCCUUCGCCUGUCGUCAGUGUAUCACCGUAUGAAGACUUUUCUUUAUAAAAUUUCCAGUGUUCUAAAGUUUUACUGAAAAGUGACUAAAAAGAAAGUUACCUAAUAAUUAAUUUAAUCGGAAGUGCGUAGAUUGUACUCCUGUUGAUAUACUUCUUACCGUUGAGACUAAUAUGUCAGUAAUAGAGACUGAUGUUUUGUGUUGUUCUGAAUCCCCAAUCUUCGUUAGUUGUUGCCGAUACAAUCUCCGGAACAGAGGUUCUACAACGUUUACGGUACUAACCGAGCCGGAAUGUCCCAUCUGUCUGACAGAGCUUUUCGACAAACCCGUGAUCGUGAAUUGUGGUCACACCUUCUGCGAAAAGUGCAUUCGUGAAACGAUGGUUAAGUACAAGAACUGUCCCUUGUGUAACCAGGUGCUUAUUGCAUCACUUUUCCUCAGCGAUAAAAGGUUCACUCAACAAUUGAUCAACAAGAAGCAGACUGAGAGUCUUAUCCAGAUUAAUAGUCAGAUCGGAAAGAACGUGGGAAACAAAUGCUUGGAAAGUGUCAAGUCGCAACGAAAGUCGUCGACAAUCAGUAAGAAAAGUCCGUAUCUAACCUGAGAAAGUCUAACAAAACUAAAUGACUGUCUUUCAUCUGAUAAAUGCAGCUAUGUAGAGAAAAUUGCGGAUUUCGCUUUAGCGUGAAUAUCUGAUUCAUAUUUAUUUUUGUUAUUUGUCUAUUAAUGAACACUGCAAUAUCUAUAAUAAUGCUGUGAACAUUAAUCAAAGCUGCAAUUCUGCAAUAUUUGAUAUGUGUUAUGUACUUACCAAGAAAGAAAGUGCUACCUUUCUCCCUUUCCAUCUAUACUACUCACGCAGUUUUAUUAUAAUUAAUCAUUAAAAAUAAAUGCCAAUAAA